GCAGAAGUCGCAGCGAAGCAUUCACCACCUGUCAACAACCAGCAGAGAGAGAGAGAGAGAGAGAGAGAGACCGUCUUCUAUAAGAGUUAACGAUAGUGAAUUCUCUGCCAUAGGUAGAGCUUAGUGAGUAUGGAUGUGUGUGUGUGUGCUUGUGUGUUUUAAUAAUAUCCAUGUCUCUGUUUGUGGGUUGAUAUGUCCCGGUUUUUCAGCUCAGGAUGAUUGGCUUCAGAGGCUCAGAGCUUCACAUUGGUCUAUCUAUGGCAUCAUGAUGUGGAUGAUGGCACAAGGCCCGUGAAGAUACCAAUAGAUCCAUUAAAGCAUAAAAAGCGAGGUGCUGUACUAUCUUCCUCUGCUUCUGCACAAGAUUUGAGACUUUUAGACAUGGAAAAGAAAAAACAUGAUGAGUCAUCCCCAAGAGGAGUAAUAGAAGCCUGCAUCAAGCUUCUGGAACCAGAAGCGGAAUCUCCCGAGGACAAAUGCGAUGAGCAGGAAACACACUGCUCAAAUUCAGGGGCACUUUCUCAUUGGAGAAAAUUUUUCACUUCAUGGAAGAGAAAAUCAAUCAAAAGGUUGGCCUCUUUUCCUCCCCUUGCCAUGCCGAAACUAUCCAAGAGAAAGAGCAGAAGUGCUAGAGAGAACAUAACUCCCGUGUUGAGUGAUAUAUACAACUUCAAGGCCUCAUUGGUGCAUUUCACCUUUUCUGAACUACAGAUGGCAACCAACAACUUUAGCCCUGAAAACUUAAUUGGCAAGGGUGGAUAUGCUGAAGUAUACAAGGGGUGUCUGCAGAAUGGACAGUUGGUUGCGGUGAAGCGGCUGAACAAAGGAACAGCAGAUGAAAGGAUCACAAGUUUUCUCUCUGAAUUGGGCACCAUUGCCCAUGUAAAUCACCCUAAUAUCGCUAAGUUGAUUGGGUGCGGAGUUGAGGGAGGAAUGCACAUCAUUUUUCAAUUAUCUGCUCUAGGAAGUUUAGGAUCUGUUCUUCAUGGAUCAAAGGCUAAUCUAGGAUGGGAUAAAAGGUAUAAAAUUGCUCUAGGGACGGCAGAUGGUCUUCUUUAUCUUCAUGAAAGUUGUCACAGGCGAAUCAUCCAUAGAGAUAUCAAGGCUGAUAACAUCCUUCUUGCUGAGGAUUUCGAACCUCAGAUAUGUGACUUUGGGCUUGCUAAAUGGCUACCAAAACAGUGGACUCACCAUAAUGUGUCCAAAUUUGAAGGAACAUUUGGCUACUUCGCCCCUGAGUACUUCAUGCACGGGAUAGUGGAUGAGAAGACUGAUGUAUAUGCCUUUGGGGUUCUGCUUUUGGAGCUCAUUACUGGGCAAAAAGCAUUGGAUCAUUUAGGCAGAAGCCUAGUUCUUUGGGCAAAACCUCUUCUGAAUGACAACGUUAUUAAAGAUCUCGUUGAUCCUUCUCUUGGUGAUGAUUACAAUGCCGACGAAAUGGAUUGUGUGAUAAUGACUGCUUCGUUGUGCAUCGAGCAGUCUCCUAUUCUACGUCCUCGAAUGAAUCAGGUGGCCAUAUUGCUGAGAGGAGAAAGUUUCAUCUCGGAGUGUACAGAAGGUCAGAGGCGUUCCCUCCAGAGAACCUACUCCGAAGAGCUCCUGGACGCACAAGAAUACAACUCGACAAGGUACUUGAGCGAUCUCAAACGCCACAAGGAGGUGGCUUUGAGCUCUUGACACCGGCCGUCCCCACCACAUUACAUGUUCCACCAGUUAGCAUUAGUUAGAUAGAGCCUUUUUUUCUGAGCCGGAGAGAGUUUAGGAGUCCCCUGGUAGUGCAAUGGAUUAUGUGCUGUUAUUUCAUGGCAUAUGAGCCCAUAAAUGAUCUCCAAGACACCAUCCCUGGAUGAGAUCCCAGAUUAUAGUGAAUCCGAAUUCGUCAUUCAGUUCUUAUGCGGCGACAUGAUUCUCUCCUGUCAAAUCCCUGAAUAUACAUGGGAUGAAACUAUUUCUUGUGGACACUUAAAACUCUCCCUAGGCUCUUACAGACUUUUUUGCCUCCUGUAUAUAUAUAUGUAUGAAUUAGUACAUGCGGGAUAUUGUAAUGUGAUGCUGUGGUGGAACUCAUUAGAACACCGGAUUUUGAGCUUCCUUUGUUUUUCUUUAUGGAAAGUCCUUGCCUUAUCCUUUUUCUG